GAUGUAAUGUCAGUCUACGAAUAUUUUACAAUGACGGACAAAGAACAGAACAUGGCAACAUAUUUGUAAUAUAAAUUCUUAAUCUCUCUCAUUCUUAUGAAAGAGUCGAGUAGGUGCGAGCGGAGUGUAUCUUAUCUUGUUGAGUGAAUAGCUAUUGAAAAGCUGUUGAAAAGCUGUUGAAAAGCUGUUGAAACAUGAAUUACAAUCAUUCGAAUGCACGUCGAGGAAAACCAAAGAGAUUAUUAGAUCCAUCAGCUGGUUUAUCUGCACCAACUCCUCCAAUGACGCAGAGCCCAUAUAUGUAUAACCAACAGGUGCCUGUGAAUAAUGGUGCAAUGCCAGAAUAUGGCUUUAAUGUUUCUGGACAGGCACCAUCACCAUAUGGGUUUAAUCCACAGAUAUCAAAUUAUCCACUCGACAAUACUCAAGGUGGGGAAUUUGCAAAUUCACAAUUCGCGACACAAUUAUUGGCUCAACCAGUAGUUGCAGACAUGGCAGUACAGUAUGGAAAUGCAUUAGUUGGUACUGGGAAACAGCAUUUUGAGAAAUAUGUGCCAGUUACAGCAUUGAAAUAUUACUUUGCUGUAAACACAGAUUAUGUCUUCGCAAAAUUAAUGCUGUUGUUCUUCCCAUUUACACAUAAGGACUGGUCUGUAAAAUAUGAGCAAGAUGUACCAUUGCAACCAAGAUAUGAGAAAAAUGCGCCAGAUAUGUAUAUUCCUACAAUGGCGUUUUUCACCUAUGUUGCUACAGCAGGAUUAGUUUUAGGUAUGCACGAACGUUUCAGUCACGAGCAAUUAGGUAUCUUGGCUAGCAGUGCUCUAGGUUGGGGUUUGAUUGAAUUGCUCGUUCAUACUGUAAGCCUAUAUGUGAUGAAUCUUCAAACGAGUCUAACAACAUUAGACUUGUUGGCAUAUUGCGGUUACAAAUAUGUUGGUAUUAACGCAGCCUUGUUGAUAUCGUUGUUAUUUGGAAAGUUUGGCUAUUACGCGAUGCUACUAUAUUUUAGCAUUUCUCUAGCUGUCUUUCUGAUGCGAUCGUUAAAGUUAAGAGUCAUUCCGCAAGGCCAUAAUGCGUAUACAGCCUCUGGAAAUAAGAGGCGACUUUACUUUAUACUGUUCUUAGCUGGUAUACAACCCAUUCUGAUGUGGUGGUUAUCAUAUCAUUUAAUUUAAAUGGCACACACACGCAUGUGCGAGAAAUUUAUAAGACACGCAGUGAAGGGGACAACAAAAAUGUAUAUUUAUUAUUUGGUUACUAACAUCUGUACACUUUUUGUAAUAAAAUUCGGUAUGAAUAUAA